CAGCUUGCGACGCGCAACCUUGGGGGAAACGCACCCGGAAACACCCCCGCAGUGGGUAGCAUCCGUGAAAAGUCAAUCCAAGUCCUGCCCGUCCUCCUCCUCCCCCGUCGCGCUCGCGUCAGACGACUCCACCGCCCGCGCGCCCCCGACGACGACGCGCUCCGCCUGCCCCCGCGACGCGCCUAAGUAACCUCCCCCUCCUCCCUUCCCCGGACGCGUGGUUGCCUCCUCCCCUGCUCGGCUACUCCCCGCGCGCCUCGCUCGCCUCCGCCGCGCCGCGCCAUGGGCGCCUCAUCGAGCCGCCGCCGCCGGGACGACUACUACCCGCCGCCGCCGCCGCCACCGCCGCACCACUACUCCUCCUACCCGCCCCCGCCCCCGCCGCACCACCACCAUCACCACCACCACCCGCCGCCUCCGCCGCACCACCGGGCACCCCCUCCGCCGCCGCCGCCCUCCUCCUCGUACUACUACCACCCGCACCCGCCGCCCCCGCAGGCGUACCACGGCUCGUGGCACCCGGCCCCCGCGCCGCCGCCGCCGCCGCCGCAGCCGCCCGCGCUGACGGGGCCCCCGCCCGAGUACGUGGAGCACCAGCAGGCGCAGAAGGUGAAGAACUACGUCAACCUGCACAAGGACACCAUCAGGCUCGAGCCCGACGCCGCAGACCCCGACCGCCGCCUCGUCGCCUUCACCUUCGACGCGGUAACCGACGGCAGUGUGGCUAUAUAUUACUUUGCCAAGGAAGGAAAAGACUGUAGUUUCUCUUCAGUAUACCCAGAAUUACAGACGCCAACAAAAAUACCCUUCCAGAAAGGGUUGGCCCAAAGGUUCAUUCAACCCUCUGGAUCUGGUGUUGACUUGGGAUUCUUUUCUCUUGAUGAGCUUUCAAAUUCAUCAGGGGAAGUAUUCCCUCUGGUAGUUUAUGCAGAAGCAUAUCCAUCUCCAGAGGAAGGUGGCACGUCAGUAAACUCCACUCGUGCACAGAUUACUCUUGCUGUUUUGGAGAAGCAUAACGAUGAUCUUCGAGUCAAAGUUGUCAAGCAAAUCUUGUGGAUUGAUGGAGUGAGGUACGAGCUUCAGGAAAUUUUCGGUCUUGUCAACUCCACAGAAACGGAUGUUGCCGAUGCUGAUGCUGAUGACACGGGAAAGGAAUGCGUUAUCUGCUUGACAGAGCCAAGGGACACUGCUGUUAUGCCCUGUAGACAUUUGUGUUUGUGCAGUGAAUGUGCAAAAACUCUACGAUUUCAGUCAAAUAAAUGCCCCAUAUGCCGACAGCCUGUUGAAAAACUAAUGGAGAUCAGAGUUAGAGGUCCUGAACCAUAAAUGAGACUUUGCUGUUGCCGGGCAUGUUGAUGUUUGAAUAACGAGCUGAGAUGGCGCGUGUGGGAGGCUUCUUCAUUCAGACGUAUUGACGUGUCGCCUGUCUUUGAAAAAUAAGGAAUUGCUAAAUUCAUCGCCGUGUACGAUGUAAAUAGCACCCACUUUCAUUGGCCGCUUGUACAGUGUUAUGAGCUGUGCAGAUUUUAUGUACAUAUGGUUGAACAAAAGGUUUCAAUGGUUCAACGGGUUGAAUCCCUUUGGGAAGCACGUACAAUGGAACUUGGAUCAAAGUUUUUGUAGAUUUCAAAGACACGGUACUUCAGACUGUUGGCA